AUGUCAUCGUGGCUGGGUGGCCUCGGCUCUGGCCUCGGUCAGUCCCUCGGCCAGGUCGGGGGAAGCCUGUCAUCCAUCACCGGACAGCUCUCCAACUUUACCAAAGACAUGUUACUGGAAGGUGUGGAAGAAGUGGGAGAUGCCGCCACAGAGCUGCAGGUGUCCAAUUCCAAGCUGGCAGAAGUGGAGGCUGCUUUUACUGCUCAGAAGUCUGAGUAUGACAGAUUAAAGAAGCUCCAUGCAGAGCUGGAGGAGAAGCUGGAGGCCUCAGAGAUCCAGAUUAAACGUCAGUCGGCGGAGUACAGAACCCUCCUGCAACAGAAAGAUGUGGAAAUCAGUCACCUGAAAGCCCGGCAGAGUAGCCUUCAGGAAGAAGUGCAGAAGCUGCAGCAGUCGGCCCAGUCUGCCUCCAUCAGCCCCGCCGUGCUUCCUGUCGUCACAACCUCUGCAACCACUACCUCCUCUUCUGUUUCCUCAUUCCUGCCACGGCCCCCUGGGGCCCAUCAGGGCUUCCAUGGUGACGAGAUGGACCUCAGUGAUGUCAUCUGGUCGCAGCAGGAGAUCAACCGGCUGUCAACAGAGGUCACGCGCCUGGAGGCAGAGGUGUCCCACUGGAGGCGUAUGUCUCAGGCAUCAACAGCGGCAGGAGCUGGUAAUGGCGACCAGGGUGAGAUCCUCAAACUUCAGAGGACUAUUAAGGAGCUGCGAGAGGAGAGCAGUCGUGAGGUGGAUGAACAUCAGCACGAACUGGCAGCCCUGCAGGACGCCCAGCGGCAGAAGCUGGCCGACAUCACCCGACGCCACAGAGAGGAGCUGGCAGAGUAUGAGGAGAGGAUAGAGGAGCUGGAGGAACAGCUUCAGAGUGGUGGUAGUCAACCCAGUUCCCCAUUGGACUACCCUAAAGCUCUUGACCUUCAGAAAACAAUACGGUCCCUUGAGGAAGCAGCAGAGCAGCGGGAGAAGCAGCUGGCAGAGCUCACUGCCAGCCUGGAGGAAGCACAGGAGCAGCAGGCCUCUCUGCAGCUGGAGAAGGACGACGCUCAGGCGGAGAACGCCGAGCUGCUCCAGAAUUACACGCGGCUGCAGGCCUCUGUUGCGGAGCUGCAGACACGAGUGCAGGAGCAGGAGGGGAAGGCGCUGCAGAAGGCCCAGCUAGACCACGAGAUCCAGGGUCUGAGGAAAGCCCUCGCAGCUGCUGAAAAAGAAACACAGAGACUGAAAAAUCUGGCUGAGUCUGAACCAAAGGAAGAAGUCGAGCAUGCGGACAUCUUAGAGCUGAACACCAUUAUUGGGACGUUGAGACAAGAAAAGGAGAUCCUGGAACAAGAAAAGCUUCACCUGCAGGAGAAACUUGAAGUGGCCAAAAGGGAAGCGGUUAGCAGUGAGGGAGUUGAGCACAGCUACGCAGAGCAGCUGGAGGAGCUGAAGGCAGAGCUGCAGAGAAAAGAAAAGGCCCUGAGCAACACUGAGGAGGAACGAGACACCUUCAUGUCUGAACUGGAGGAACUGGACCGACAAAAUCAGGAAGCAACACAGCAUAUGAUCACAGUGAAGGGGCAGCUGAAAGAGACUGAGGGAGAGGUGACGAGACUGUCUGCAGAGCUCGACACAACCAAAGACCAGAAAAGGACAUUGCAACAAGAGCUGGAGACUCACAAGGAGAAACUGAGCCAGAGCGCGUUCACCCUGAACGACCUGCACAUGGGAAAGCAGCAGCUGGAGAGCACAGUGAAGGAGCUGAAAGAUAAACUACAGCGUACACACGACCAGAGAAAGGAGACGAGCAGGGAAAUCUCUGAACUCAAGAAGACUCUACAGGAGAGAGAGGUGCAGCUGUCUGGCGCCAAAGCAGAGGUGACUCGAGCAGCGGAGACAAGAAGUGAGGCACAGGGGACUAGAGAGGUGCUGGCAGAGAAGGAGUCUGAGCUAUCAGACCUCAGGAAAGAGCUGGAGGAGAUGAGGAGCUCUCAUGAGAAAGUAAUGUCAGAGGACUAUGAAAUGAAGAUGGAGAGCAGGAAGUUGAAGGCGGAGAGCCAGCAGGCUAUGAGUAAGGUGGAAGAACUCAGCAGGCAGGUGAAGGAGGGCCAGGCAGCACUGAGCAGGACAAUACUGGAAAAGGACACUCGCAUUGAGGCCCUGAAACUGGAGAAAAGUCAGCUGGAGGGAGAGCUGAGCCACGCUGAGAAGGCACUGGCAGAUCACAGUAAACAGUACCAGCAGACCAUAGAGGAGCUGACUCGGGCCCGCUCCAUGGACGCCUCAGCCUUACAGACAGAGCAUGAGCGUGCCAUCAAACUCAACCAGGAGAAGGACAUGGAGAUAGCCCAGCUGAAGAGAGACAUGGAGCAGAUGGCGUCUGACCACAGAGACACCAAUGAGAUGCUCUCGAUCACUGUUGCAGGGCAGAAGCAGCUGACAGAUCUGCUGCAGGAGAAGGAUGCCUUUAUGGAGACUUUAAAAAAUAAUGCCACAGAGCUGCAGCAGGAGAUGGACAACAAUAUUUCAGCCAUGUCUAAAGAAGGUGAAGCUCUCAGACAGGCAUUGGAGGAUAAGGACAAACAGCUAGGCGUGAUGAAAGAGGAGAAUAGCCACUUGAAAGAGGAAAUUGACAGACUCAGGGACCAACAGAGCAGACCUCAGCCUCUCGCUGAGCCCAGGACUCUGGAUAUCAUCACAGAGCUGGAGACCGAGAUCACCCAGCUCAAAUCCUCCAGGGACACGUUGGAGGAGGAGGUUCAGACCCUGAGGAGAUCCAUGGAGGAACAGCAGGCUUCCCUCUUGAUCUCCCAGCAAUCCCUCCAAGCACAGCAGAGUGAGCUGGAGCAGACCACGCUCAACUAUGACAGACUGAUCAAAUCCAGAGAUGAAGAAAUAGCCCGCCUACAGCAAACACUGGAUGGUCUCAGUCAGCAUCAGAGUCUUGCUGACACCCAGCGUGUACAGGGAGAGGUCAUCCUGCAGGAGGACAAGACCCAGUCUCUGAAUGGGGAGAACGGCAAUGAGAAGCAUGACCUGUCUAAGGUAGAAAUAGAAAAGUUAGUGAAAGGCAUCAAGGAGAAGGAAACUGAGAUCAGCCAGCUGAAUGAGAAGAACCUCUCCUUGGCCAAGCAGCUGGACCAGCUGGUGGUGUCUCGUGAUGAAGUGGGCAAACUCUCCCAGAUGGUGCUGCAGAAGGACCUCGAGAUCCAGGCACUUCAUGCUAGAGUGUCCAUGGGUGGAGGCGGAGGGCAUAGCCAAGAUGUCAUGUUCCUCCAGCAACAGCUGCAGAAUUACGCUGUUGAGAGAGAGCAAGUUUUGGCUGUGCUGAACGAGAAGACGAGGGAAAACAGCCAGCUUCGCUCUGACUACCACCGCAUCAUGGACAUUAUGGCAGGGAAGGAGGCUGCUCUGCUGAAACUCCAGCAGGAGAACCAGCGCCUCUCCAGCAUGAGCGAUCCUUCAGGAAGCCAAGAAAUGUUCAGGGAGACCAUUCAGAAUCUGUCCCGCAUCAUCAGGGAGAAGGACAUCGAGAUCGAUGCCCUGACCCAAAAGUGCCAAACUCUGGUGACCGUCCUACAGUCCUCAGGAGGAGAAUCCGGUGGUGGCUCAGGAGGUGUCAGCAGCAACCAGUUUGAGGAGCUGCUACAAGAAAGGGAUACGCUGAAACAACAGGUAAAGAAGAUGGAUGAGUGGAAGCAGCAGGUGAUCACCACAGUCAAGAACAUGCAACAUGAGUCAGCCCAGCUUCAGGAGGAGCUGAUCAAACUGCAAGGCCAGGUGUCCGCCGACAGUGACUGCAGUUCCAAGCUGUCAGUGGACUACACUCGACUGAUCCAGAGCUAUGAGCAGAAGGAGAGGAGGCUGGGCAGCCUGAGUCAGGAGCUUGCUCAGGUCCAGCAGACCAUCAGCCAGCUUACCACCACUAAGGAUGUUCUGCUAGGUAAACUAGACAGUGUUGCACAGACUCCAGAGUUAAGUGUAGCUGCCCAGGCCAGUGGGCCUUCACUCACAGCAGAGACUCCAAGUCACCAGGGACCAGCACCAGUAAACCAUGAAAACCUCCAGAGAGAACUUCAGUCGCUGCGAGGAGUGCUGGCUGAGAGGGAGGCCAUGAUCAGGACUCUUCAGGAGAACAACCACCGGCUCUCUAACUCAGCAUCUGCCUCAGAGAGUGAGCAGAGAGAUCAGGCGGAUCAGGCCAGGCAGGUCAGAGAGAGGCUGGAUGCCCUGCAGAGGUCUGUGCGGGAGAAAGACCUGCUCAUCAAGACGAAAGGAGACCAGUUAAGUAAAGUCAGCGAGACAUUGCGUAACCGCGAGAAUGACAACGAGGUGCUGAAGCAGGCCGUGACCAACCUUAAAGAGCGUGCCCUGAUUUUGGAGAUGGAUGUGAAGAAGCUAAAGGAGGAGAACGAGCUUGUGGCGGCACGUUCUCGGGAAAAAGAGUCCGAGUUUCGAGCGCUGCAGGAAACCAACAUGCAGGUUUCCCUCCUGCUGAGGGAGAAGGAAUUUGAACUGAGCACAAUGAGUGAGAAGGCUGCCACCAUGGAGAAGAUGCUCAAGGACAAAGAGCAGGGAAAGUCUGGCGAGCUAAAUCAACUCUUGAAUGAAAUGAGGUCCAUGCAGGAGAAAGCUGUGGCAUUCCAGCAGGAGAGAGAUCGCGUGAUGCUGGCUCUCAAACAGAAGCAAAUGGAGACCACUGCAGUUCAGACUGAGCUGCAGCAUGUGAAAGAUAAAGAACAGCGUCUCAACCUGGAGCUGGACAGGUUGCGUAAUCACCUCCUGGAGAUCGAGGACUCCUACACAAAGGAGGCCCUUGCUGCAGAGGACAGAGAGACUGAGCUGCGUAAGAGGGUGGCGCUGCUGGAGGAGCGACUAGCCACUUCCUCAAGCGCGGUCGAGAAUGCCAGCCAACAGGCCAGCAUGCAGGUAGAGUCUCUACAGGAGCAACUGAGCGGGGUGGUGAAGCAGCGAGACGAAGCGCUUCUCCAACUCCGAACCUCCCAGGAGCAAGUCAGCCAGUAUGCAGUGUCGCUCUCCAACCUGCAGAUGGUGCUAGAGCAGUUCCAACAAGAGGAGAAAGCCAUGUACUCAGCAGAGCUUGACAAGCACAAGAAGGAGAAGGAUGAAUGGAGAAGGAAAGCUCUGACGCUGGAAGACAAAGCAUCGGCCCUUCAGAUGAACCUUGAUGAGGCCAACGCUGCUCUGGAAUCAGCAUCUCGCCUCACCGAUCAGCUGGAUCUGAAGGAGGAGCAGCUUGAGGAGCUGAAAACACAAGUGGACGUGAGACAGGAGAUGCUAGAAGAGGCACAGAACAAGUUGAUGAACCUGCUGAACAGCACAGAGGGGAAGGUAGACAAAGUCCUCAUGCGUAACCUGUUCAUGGGGUAUUUCCACACACCUAAAAACAAACGCGCUGAGGUGGUGAAACUGAUGGGAGGCGUUCUGGGACUCACCCAAGAUGACAUUGAGAGGAUGCUGGAGGAGGAUGGACGGCAUGGUGUUACUGGCUGGGUGUCCAGCUGGCUGGGAGGCAGAGGAGCACAGAGCGUCCCAACCACUCCCCUGAGACCCACCCAUGGCCAAAGCCUCAACUCGUCCUUCUCAGAAAUGUUCGUAAAGUUCCUGGAGGUGGAGUCUACGCCAGCAUUGCCCGCACCAAAGCUCCCAGUCCAUGACAUCAAGCCCCUGAGCGCCCCGCCUGCUAGAAGGACCACCAGCACUGCUUCCAACCCCGCCGCAGGAGCGGCGGCAGCCAGCAAGCGAGCUGGCGAGUCCAACCCUUUCCUGGCCCCUCGCUCUGCCGCAGUCCCCCUGCUCAGUGCAGCCGGUGCCGGGCCCGGCGGGGCAGGAGGUCACCUUCUGAUGAAGCCCAUCUCGGAUGCCCUGCCCACCUUCACGCCCGUGCCAGUCUCAGCGGAGGCCAGUGCUGGCGCUGUGCUCAAAGACCUACUAAAGCAGUGAUUGGUGCCAUAAUGUAUGCCAAGUCUUCCACGCAACAGCAGUUUUACACUACAUAGACUGAGAUCGUAAAGCAGUGCUGCUGAUGUUAUAGCUGCUCUUUUUCUGACUCUCCUGAAAAAUGACUUGAGCAUACAUCAGGGCACAACUUUCCCUCUUUUUUGGGAGGGAAUUUAAACAAAAUUUAACCGAAACAUUAAUGGUAGUUGCUGUUCUAUGCAAUACAUUUUCCCUUUACACUUAAGUGGAAGUGUUUCAGCCACAACAUUGUCAUUGUUACUAUAGGCGUUGAUCCAAGAGUUGAAAAUGUCCAGGUGAACAGCAUUACACAUGAAGGUCUACAUUCAGAACGCAAAAUGUUUCUUUUGACAGAUUAUUCCAUUUAGACUGCAAGCAAUGCAGUAGUGUGUUAAAGAGCCUUUUUGAUUAUGAAUGACUUCAUUUAGUUAAAUUUUGUGUUUUUGUUCAUCACAUCAGUUCUGAACACAAGUGACCUUGUAAACUCAUUGUGUGCAGUGCAGUGCAAUACAUGUGAAUGGAGUAUAAUCACUUCUGUUUGCAAGAGGAAACAUCUCGUGUCCUAUAGCGGUCAUAGUUUAACUUACAUGGAAUUUUACUGUUUUGUCUUUUUUUUUUUUCUUUUCUUUUCUUUAGCAACGCAGUGCGCUCGGUCUGAUGCAAGGCUUGCCUGAUACUCUGGCAGCAGUAGCACUGCGUUGAGAUUUAUGUGGUGUGGUACAUCUGUUAAAACCAUAAAGACAUUUCUGCAAAAUCUUGUCUUUUCCAGACGGUCAGACUGUGAUAUGCAACAUAGUGUUGUAAUUAUGGCUGUAAUUACCGGCUGUGGUCGAUUAGAGGUUUUGACAAUGAAACUGCUCUUAUAUAUAAAUACAGCACUAUUAUAUAGUUAUAUAUGUGUAAAUGGGUGGCAUUUUUUCAUAUUUAUGAGCACUUAGGAAGUUCUGGAAGUACUAUCCAAGUGCCUACAUUUUUGCUAUUUAGAUAAUUGUAUGAGCAGGAUUGUAAAUGGUUAAUAUAUAUUUACAAUAUGUAAAAAACUGCACAUUAAAAAAAAAAAGUUUUACCUGAACAGAGCUGGCCAAAGUGUAACAUUAGCUGCUCCACAUUUUGUAUGGAAAGCAAUGAGCUGCUGCAGAAAGAAUGUUACAGGGUUUCUCCAGGUGAAUUGACCGCAUGUACAAAUUGUAAAUUCUUACUGUAAAAGAAUGUUUUAUAGGUGUGCAAUCUGAAAAUCAGAAGUGUCAAAGAGAUGAAUUAGAUUACCCGGAACAUGGAUAGUCUUGGAUUAAGGUUAGUACCGAUGUCUUAAUUGGAAUUUGCCUUUCAAAUCAAAUAAAGGUACUGGUGUCCCCUUA